AUGACGUCUAAACAGAAAGUGUUUGGUUCACGAACCAGUGGCUGCGUUUGGAAACGGCAGCUUGAAAUACGUUGGAAUCAGAGUCAAAGCUCUGCGUCUACUUGCGAAUGGCUUGGACGAUACAGGAUAAUAACCACGGAAUCUCUGAACCUGCUCAAGAAUAUGGGUGGAAAAUAUGCAGAUCUGGAGGCACCGUUUCCAAGCCGCUUGUACAACUUGAUAGACAAGUCAAAGGUGGAGGACCAGGUGAAGUUUUUAGUCCUGACCUUGGAUCACAUCAUCCACCUUAUGGAUGCCAGGGAGCACAUGAACUCAAUGAACUGGGACCAAAACAACGUUGAAGACUUUCUUAACAUACUGCACAGAAAAUCUUCUGACCUCAAAGAAUGUGUGGCAAGAUACACAAAGCCAGCACACAAGGAGUCCUACGAGAUAAGAAUAAAAAGGCACUUCAGGACUUUAAAGAAGAUUCUAAAGAAAAAACAAUACAGUGCUGAAGCAUGGGAGCAGAUUCGGAGAGUUGUGAAAAGCCACCUACAGAGGAUGGACAUCAUCGCAAGCAACGCAAGAGCCAGUCAUCGAGUGUAACAGAUGAUCUGAUUUAAUGACCAAAAAAAAAAAACUUUUUUAAAGCAUUCAAAGAAAACUUAUUACAAAAAAUGCCUUAUGAGAGAAAAAAAAACUUGAAUGUAUUUGUGCCUUUAUGUGUUAGUAUUAAUACAAUGAAUGUAGCCUAGAGUUUUGCCUAAUGCCUUGUGUCUUAAUUUAUAUUUUCCUAAGAAAACUUGAAGUAAUCCGAUAAAGCAAGCUAAUUAUGUUUCCUACAUAAAUUUAAUCUGUUUUGUUUUAUACAUCAUAAGUAUAUUCUGAUUUUAACUGUGAAAACAAGAAAUUCUGUGUAUUUCAGAUCAUGUAUUUAUUAACCGUCAGUCAGGUGUUUUAUGAUGUACAUAUUCCACAGACAUGAUUGUUUUAGGUAUUUCUUAAACUGACUGACAGAUUU